AUGAAUGCGGAAAAGGGUGAAGUUCAUACGGUCGCCAAGCGUCUCGUAGAUUUGGCAAAAGAAAAUAAUUCAACGGACAAUAUAACCGUGAUUGUAUUUUUUUUAACGGAUCCGUCAGAAAUCUAUAAUUGUUCGAUCGAUUUAAACGGCCUCAGGCCGAAAGUAAUACAUCAAAACGGAAUUAAAAUGGAGUCAAAUUUUCAAACGAACAUGAAUGAAUUUCUGUUGAACGAAUCCGGAGUGAAUGGGAUGUACGAAGCGAAUGGAAAUCAUCAUUUCAGAGAUCACAUGAAAAACGAAUCGGAUGAAGAUUUCGGACCGGAAACAGACGUGGACGCUCUCGACGAUGUUUUAACAUCUCCUAAAAACAAUUUAAAUUCAUUCGGAAGUGAUUGUUGGCAAAAAGGACAGAUAAAUUCGGAUAACGGAAGUAAUAAAUUGAUUGAAUUCGCGAGAGAUGAAACGGUUAAAGUCAAAGAAAAUUUCCCGCAAGAAUACGAUGAGUCGUCGUACAAUGAGAAAAACGCAACGGAAAAUUUAGAUUCGAACAAUUACGAAACGAAAACCGGAAACGAAUUGAACAACAUGAAUUUUUUGAAUGAUUCUGAAAUCAGACAAGAAUCUAACUCUGAUGAUAAAGUCGUAUAUGAAGAAAUGAUAAGCGGGAAAAAAUAUGAGGAAACGAUGAGUUUUGAGCGCGAGAAAAAAAAUGAUGAUAAUAAUAUUUUGGAUUUGGAUGAUUUGAAAAAUGAAAAAGAAUUUCCGGCGAAUGAAUUUUCAUCGACGAAUGAUAAAAAUCCAUUUCGCGAUUCCGUUAUAAAUAAUUACUCAGAAGUAAUAAAUGCUAACGAUUCGAGCGAUGCUAAUGAAAUCGUGGCCGAAGAAGUCAAUUUACAACAAAUGGAUAACACGGCCGACGUAAAAGAUUUCAAUGCAGAAAAAAACGAGAACGAAUCGAAAGAAAAUGUCGAAAGUGCAUUAGCAGAAGAAAUGAAAGAAUCCGAAUUAUUCGCUCCUCGAUCCGUAGAUCUCGAUAAACAAACUUUUGUCGCCGAAUCUCUUUCGCAUUUGAAUGAAAAUUUGGAAAAUAAGGAUUCCGGAAAUGCGACAUCACCUGUUGAUGGCUGCGACAAAAGUAACGAGACUCAGGAUUUCAGUCAUGAUGAUAACAAAUUUUGUGAAAUGGCUCCCGACGAAAAGCGUGAAAAUAUCGAGGAGGAGGAUGUCAGCAAAGAAAAACCGAUUUUAAAUGAAACCGCAUUAGAAUUAACGAGUGAGGAAAUUCAAAAUCAAAUAUCGAACGAAGAAAUCACUUUUAACGAAUCCGUUAAAAUUGAAUCUUGCGAGUCUGCUGACACGACCAACGUAUCAAACGCCGCUGCCUUUUGCCAAGACCCGCAAAAUUACGACUGUGGAUUUCGCGGUUAA